AUUUUUCGAAAUGGAGGAAAGUUGUUUUUGGAAAUAGAGAUUUUUUCCUGCAAUUCUUGGAAUGCAUCUCCUCCGUUCUUUGAUCACACGUAGCUCUGCUGUCAGGAGCGGCUUGCAACAUCAACAUCAGAGGUGUACAAGAGCAUCAUUGCGUACUCUCUCCGUUCUUUCACCGAGACGGUGUUCUAGCUCUACUACUGGCACCACUCUUCACCAACAAACCUGUUCUUCUGCUCUCACACUCUCCUCAUCACAUAUUGGGCAAUCCCGUUUCUUCACAAGUACCACUCCAGUGCUAACAGCACCCACAUCAUCAUCAUCAGCAAGCAUGUCUGUGGCACCGGAGAAGAUUGACAGUGCCGUGAGGUUGCACUGGGCGGAUAUCAGCGCUGAGAGGAUCCAAGCCCUGAGCGACGAUGUCAUGGCCAUUGGCAAGGGCAUGCUGAGCAAGGUGUCUGCCAUUCCGCUCACCGGUGUUACCUAUGACAACACCAUACAGGUCCUGGAAGAUACGGAGCGUGAAAUGUCCACCAUGACCAGUAUGGUCACGUUCCCUUCUAGUGUACACACAGACAAAGACGUUCGAGACGCCAGUACGGCUGCAGACAAGGUUCUAUCAGACUUUUUCGUCGAGUUGAAAUGCAACAAGGAUGUGUUUGACCGCGUUGUUGCAUUCAAGGAGAAGUUCUACGAUGAUCUGUCGGAGCAGGGCAAACGUUACGUCAAUUUCUACAUUCGCGAUGGACGCCGCCUCGGUCUUCAUCUGUCUGAGGAGAUCCGCAAGCAGGUGCAGGGCAUUGAUCAAGACCUGUCCAAGCGUGGCAUCGACUUUGUACGUAACCUUGCAGAAGAUAAAACCGAGCUCACGUUCACCAGAGAAGAGCUAGCUGGCAUGCCUGAUGAUUUCAUCAACUCUUUGGAGAAGACAGACGGUGGUGAUAAAUACACGGUAACAAUGAAGUAUCCGCACACUGUACCGAUGGCUAAGGGUGCACGCAAUGCUGAUACACGCCGGCAAAUGAACAUAGCGUUCAACUCACGGUGUAAAGAUGAGAACACAAAGAUUCUCGAGGAAAUGUUGGAGCUGAGAAAGCAGAAAGCAUCACUUUUAUCUUAUCCUUCCUUCGCUGACUACGUUCUGGAGACUCGCAUGGCUGGUGGCAGUAGUGAAGUGAACACGUUUCUCACAUCGCUGUCCGAUCGCCUCACCCCUCUCUGGGAAAAGGAGUUUGCCAAAUUACUGCGCUACAAAGAGGAAGAGUGUGCAAAACUCGGUGUGCCGUUUGAUGGUGAAGUGCAUGCGUGGGAUGUGAAUUACUACAAGAAUCGUAUCGAGGAGGAAGAGUACUCCGUGGAUCAUGACAAGUACAAGGUCUACUUCCCCAUGGAGAAAGUCACGGAAGGACUGCUGCAGAUCUAUCAGGAUCUUCUCGGAGUAGUGUUUACCAAAGUUGAAAAUGCAGACGUCUGGCAUCCCGAUGUUACAAUGUAUCACGUUACUGAAAAAGAGAAUGGCUGGAUGCUGGGUUCGUUUUAUCUUGAUCUUCAUCCGCGCGAAGGAAAAUACGGGCAUGCUGCAUGCUUCCCGUUGCAGCCCGGUUCUAAGCUAUCAAACGGCGAGCGUCAGGCUGCCGUCUGUGCGUGCGUUGCCAACUUCACGAAGCCGUCGGCCGACAAGCCGUCACUGCUGCUACACAACGAGGUGGAGACGUUCUUCCAUGAGUUUGGCCACGUCAUGCAUCACAUCUGCUCCAUGAACGCACAGCACUCUCGAUUCAGUGGUACGCGUGUGGAGCGUGACUUUGUCGAGGCUCCGUCUCAGAUGCUGGAGAACUGGUGCUGGCAGAGAGAGCCGUUGCAGAGGAUGUCCGGACACUACCAGACUGGUGAGCCACUACCGGCAGAAAUGAUUGAGAAACUGGUGGAGUCCCGUAAUGCCAAUGUUGCUCUCUUCAUGCGAAGACAGCUGUGCUUUGGGCUGUUUGACCAACACAUACACACCAGCCAAGAGACAGUGGACACACCACGUGUGUACGAACGCUUCUGUCAGCAAAUCAAUGGAUACUCUCCUCCCGAAGGUACCAGUUUUCCGGCUACAUUCAAUCACAUCGCUGGUGGUUAUGAAGCCCAGUACUAUGGCUACAUGUGGAGUAGCGUGUUCUCGUACGACAUGUUCUUCUCACGUUUCAACAAGGAAGGUGUGAUGAACCCGGACGUUGGCAAGCAAUACCGUCAAUUGAUCCUAGGCCCUGGUGGCAGUCGGGAUGCCAAAGACAUGUUGUGUGACUUCCUUGGCCGUGAGCCCAACCAAGAUGCGUUCCUCGAGCAACAGGGGCUGCAUACCUUAGCAGCAUGACAACUACCGGAUGUCACUGCAAAGUUAUAGCGCACACACUCCCCCUCAACCUCCCCCCCCCCCCCUUCCCUCACCUUAGCAGCAUGACAACUACAGAGUGCCAAUGCAAAGUUGUAGCACACACACACACACACUCCUCCCCUUCCCUCACACCUCUCUCCCAGCGAGGAUGUCACGUUUCCUGGCGAACAUGCUCAAAGCCCUUGCGCUGAAGCACAUGGGUCUUCCAGACCUCUCCUUGCUUGCGUUAUCAAUAUGGUGUUGUGUUGGGCAAGCUUGUGCAUGCUGUUUGCUAUUGCUGGCAUGAUGAGUGUCAUUGUUGCGUUCUAGCUUCUCUGUGUGUGCGCGUGCGUGAGCACCGGGGACGAGAACAGACCCGUGGUGGAUAUCUGCUGUUGCGCUUUUUACAAUCUCCUCAGAACCUUUGCUACAAGACUAAACACAUCAUUGCCCGGUGCGCACAGUUUAUCACAGAUCUAGUGUUCUAGAUACACUGACUCACUGAUCUCCAUGCUGCAGCUCUAUUUUAGUAAUUUACCCAUACACACACACACACACACUAGUAUUAUCAUGUGUUCGCCUUUGCAUGCCGGUGGGCAAUUUUUAUGAGGUAAACGAUUUCUUGGUAAGGUUUUGUGCUAAAUCUUACAUUUCAAUUGUGUGUGCUAUUUAUUUCCGAAUUUGGGUUGUCUUUUCGCUUUGGCUCUUACUUCAUGAUGGUGUCACGCGAUUGGCCCAAUUGGUGUUGUGAAUAAACCCGCUCUCAGUAUUAGGCGCUCUGCGCUUCACUGCUGUACUAUGUUUGCACACACGAAUAACAGUUACUAUCAUGCGUGACAUGCUCUGCGCUCGGCAUAUCAAGCACUGAUCCACCAUCAGAUCUCUGUCCCUACUUCCCUUUUUCUGCUUUAUUUUCUAUUUAUUCCCGUAGCUAUGCAGAAGACGUUACUUCAGUAACGUCUGGCGCUAGCCAGGGUCCACACAGCUUUAAUUUGGUGUUUGUUUGUGUGUUUGUUUGUUUGUGUCACGCCUGGAGCUAUCCCGUAUCUGUCCCGUAUCUGUCCCGUAUCUGUGACUACAAAGGCUCUACAGGAUUGUACAUAAGGCCACCCUUUCUUUUUUCGUUGUUUAACGUCCAAGCCCGCGUACCUUUUUGCCUCCGACCGGAAAAAACCCAAGAAAGUAGUAGUACCAAUAAUAUGCGAAGUUGUAAAUACAUGAUUGUGUAGUUUCACAGUGUGCCGAUCAUGACCUUAAACUUAUAAUCUUGCCUCCCGGGCAUGCCUUUGUCUUGUGUUCUUUUUCUUUUUUUGUUGGCUUUUAAAUAUCGUACGGUGUGUGUCCUAGUAAAAAUCCAGAUGUAAUGAAUUCAUGACAUGCUAACUCCAUGCUAUGUACCUGUUUUGUUGGAUUCAUCAGGCAUGUGCUCCAAUGUACCAUCAAAGA